AUGAAUAAUAUGCAACAAGUCAUCCAUCAAAACAGUGCGACUGUGGCCUAUAUCCGACAACACGAUUACCCUAGUGCCCUCGAGUCUUCAGCGUCCGUACUGUUACUCCUGCAGCAUCUGGAUACAACACCAUCUGGGACCACUUCGACGAUACCUUCUCCCCUUGAUUGCUUGGACCAAUGCAUGCUUCUCUCGGAAGUAGACACAACCAGCAAUGAUAGAGCCAACAGGAAAACUGCGUUUGUCUACGAACAAGGUAUUCUACUGCCGCCAACUGCGACCGAAUACACCAUGGUGUCGGCGGUAGUCAUCUUCAACUCGGCACUUGCCCAUCAACUAUUCGCGCAACAACAACAAGACAAGGACGCUUCGCAAAGGUAUCUCUUAAUGUCAAGACGAUUAUAUGGAUUGGCCUAUGGGGUUCACAGUCGGGCCUGUCACAGCAUGUUGUUUCAAUUCGUUGUCAUCAACAACAUGGCCGUGAUUGACCAACAGACGGGCAACCCGGAACAGUCCACGCAGUACUUUAAGCAUCUGAUGACGGUACUGUUACUGAUGGUGGACCAAGGCUGCACAUCACGGCUGCGUCACUUGCGCGGCUUUACGAGGAAUGUUCCAUCCUCUGCAGAAUCUCAGGCAGCUGCUGCAGCGUAA